UCGACCAGUCAAUCCAAAGCAUAGAAUAUAGUGAUUCAGAAUCCUCAUCAAGUGAGAAAAUUGUAGUCAUUUCUGAUUCUAUAAAUCAUCUCCUAAAACAGAAAAUCAACAGACUAAAAUACAUACAAACAAUAUUUUGUCCCCUUCUUUCUGCUGUUCUGUUCUGCUCCGGUCCGUCUGAUUUGGUAGUGUAUUCUAUCUGUCCACGUUUCCAGUCUCAAACUAGAAAAUGGCCACCCACUCAGUUUUCAAUCCAAACCCAGUUUCCACCUUUACUUCGUCCACCAUUUCCACUAAAGGAGACAAGCAAUGGCCUGGAUAUCUUAUGCUUAAUGGAAAACAAAUGCAUGUAAGGCUUUCCAACGGUUAUAGAGCAAGAGCAAGAUCAGCUAUAAAUGUCAAUUCUACAGCAAUCGAAAUUCCUCAUCAAUGGUACAAUCUGGUUGCAGAUCUAGCUAUAAAGCCUCCGCCUCCAUUGCAUCCCAAAACAUUUGAACCGGUUAAACCAGAAGAUUUGUCUCCUUUAUUUGCCGAUGAAUUAAUUAAGCAAGAGGUUACCGAUGAAAGGUUCAUAGAUAUUCCAGAAGAAGUUAUUGACGUAUACAGACUUUGGCGCCCGACCCCUUUAAUCAGAGCCAAGAGGUUGGAGAAGCUUCUUGAUACACCUGCUCGGAUUUAUUACAAGUAUGAAGGUGUCAGCCCUGCCGGAUCGCAUAAGCCGAACACUGCAGUUCCGCAAGUUUACUACAACGCACAGCAAGGGGUCAAGAAUGUCGUGACUGAAACUGGUGCUGGCCAAUGGGGUAGUUCAUUGGCCUUUGCCUGCAGCUUAUUCGGUCUUGGCUGUGAAGUGUGGCAAGUUCGUGCUUCUUAUGAUCAGAAACCAUAUCGGAAAUUGAUGAUGCAAACAUGGGGUGCAAAGGUUCAUCCUUCUCCAUCUGACAUUACCCACGCAGGUCGUAAAAUACUUCAAAUGGAUCCUUCUAGCCCCGGAAGUUUAGGGAUAGCUAUUUCAGAAGCUGUAGAGAUUGCCGCUGCAAAUGAUGGUACCAAGUAUUGCCUGGGGAGUGUUCUAAAUCAUGUUUUGCUACAUCAAACCGUGAUAGGAGAGGAGUGUAUUCGACAAAUGGAGGCCAUCGGUGAAACCCCGGACUUAAUCAUCGGGUGUACCGGCGGUGGCUCGAAUUUCGCAGGACUUAGUUUCCCAUUUAUCAGAGAAAAGCUCAAGGGAAAAAUCAACCCUGUUAUACGAGCAGUCGAACCUGCGGCUUGUCCUUCAUUAACAAAAGGUGUCUAUGCAUACGAUUUUGGUGAUACUGCUGGGAUGACUCCAUUGAUGAAGAUGCAUACACUGGGGCAUGAUUUCAUUCCGGAUCCAAUUCAUGCCGGUGGCUUACGUUACCAUGGUAUGGCACCUUUGAUUUCGCACGUCCAUGAAUUAGGCUUCAUGGAAGCAAUUUCGAUCCCGCAAACUGAGUGCUUUCAGGGCGCAAUACGAUUCGCGCGAUCUGAAGGGAUAAUUCCAGCUCCCGAGCCAACUCAUGCUAUUGCAGCUACCAUUCGGGAAGCUGUUCGCUGCAGAGAGAGUGGGGAAUCAAAGGUGAUAUUGAUGGCAAUGUGUGGGCAUGGCCACUUUGAUCUGGCUUCUUAUGAGAAGUAUUUGCAGGGAAGUUUAGUUGAUUUAUCAUUUGAAGAGGAGAAAAUUAAAGAAUCAUUGGCCAAAGUUCCUCAAGUGCAGGCAUAGGUUAAAGAUUCAUAUUUUGUUGUGAGAUUUAACUUUCAUAAAAUGUGAAAAUUUAAAUAAAAGUAAAAUAAAUUAUCUUUCGGAUAUUUGAAUUCCUUAAAUAUAUAAUUUUAAUGAAUAAAGUUUAUUUUAGAAAA